AUGCCAUACACUGCGCCAUUGAAGUCGUUGCUCUCCGCGCAGCACAUCGAGUACAGUGAUCCCUCUCAGGACACUCGCCCCGAGAGGCCUGGUCUGGCCCGAUCUGCCUCCGCACGCGUGCAGAACUCCCGCAAUUAUUCCUCUACCUCGUACGUUCGUCGGCACCGCAGAAGCCCAUCUAUCUGCAACAAAUCGGCCGUGCACUCCUUAUCGGAACCAGCUUCCCGUGUCUCUCCUGUUAUUGACCCCCAUACCAGUCUCCGUCAAUCCCCGCCACCGUUAAGCAAUGCUGCGAUUCCACCCGGGGCGGUGAUUUCACCCCCCGAAUCAGCACAGAACUCCGACGAGGAAUCUUCACCUUGUGGAGAAUUGAAGCUCGAGGAGCUCGAGGCCGCAGUACGAUCGAUUGAACAGCGAAGGGAAAGCUCACCGGAAAGGCAACCAAAGAGAAUGGGUCCUGCUGAUCAGCUGGGCACCGAGGCUCGAUCCUCAUCAAGCCAACCAUCAACGAGAACAGACAUCAAGCCACUGAAACCGAACCUCAUUCGGCUUUCCAAAGAGGCCCGCAAAAUCGCCCAUUCCCGAUCUUGCACCGAAACAGCGGUCGAUUAUAAGAGGGAGGAAGCACUGACAAGUUCGCCUGAUGAUAGCGAUGCAGACAUGUCACCAAAGCCACCUAUGGUGCGAAAGAAGUCUGGCGAACUGGUUCGUCCAGCACUUCGACCUGCAACGGCUCGACGACGUCCUUCUAGCAUGCCAGGUACCCCCGUGUUUGCAAAGGCCGUGCACUUCGACUCUCAACUAGAACAUAUCCGCCACUUCUUGCAGCUCGACCGACCUUUGGCUGUGAGUGCAGAGACAUCGCCUGUUGACGACCACGACGCCGAGGACGAGUUUCCCUUUGGUAGCAGCUCGAGUAAGGGUGCUUCAUCAUGGGAGUGGGAGCUUCAACUUUCCAACUUUCCUAAGGAUCCGUCAUCACGUUCCACCAACCCCGUUCGCCUUGAGCGACUGUUCCUGUCUGUAGAUAAGACGACUUUGAUUGGAUCGGUCGCGGUCGCCAAUCUUGAUUUCCACAAGCAAGUUGCUGCACGUUUUACCUUCGACUCUUGGAGAACGGUGUCAGAAGUGAGUGCCACAUUUUGUCACGAUAUUCAUCACGCCUACGGGAAUGAUGGCUAUGACCGGUUCACGUUUGAUAUCAAGCUUGACGACCAAGCCAACCUGGAGAGUAAGACCAUGAUUGCCUGUAUCCGAUACAAUGUCGCUGGUCAAGAGUACUGGGACAACAACAAUGGCAUGAACUACCGAGUGGACUUCCUCAAGACUCAGAAGCCGAUGGUCUCCAGCCACCCAUCUAAUUCCAGGACAUCCAGUGGCGCACGCCCUACCCUACCCCGCAGUCGAUCCUUCACCGGCUUGCACACUCGUCCCCACUCUAUGCCAUCUUCGUUUGAUGAGUCCAACAAGAAGGUUCCUUUCUCGAACCCUUUCAACUCUGUCAAGUCACCCCCUUUGAGCCGGGCUUCAUCAAACGACAUCGACACCGUUGGCCCCCCGAAACGACGCGAGAAGCCGAGCCAACAAGCAUUUGGCAACCGCUAUGACUUUGGGGCGUCAUUGACCGCCGCGAUGAAGACCAAGCCACCAGCCGAUCGAACCACGCUAACCGCGCGAGCCCGAUCGGGUUUAACUUCGGACGCUGCUCCGAGAAGUCCCGUCGUGAAGGAGCUGGAGAAGCCUGCCGUGAGCAAUCAUGCUCAGAAGGAGGGCCCGAAACCAUCCUCACUGAUGUCUAGCAAGCCAUGCCUCGAGUCCUCGGUGUACAAAGAGUUGGUGGAUAAGUACUGCUUUUAUGGUACCCCCAAAUCUUCGCCUCCAAAGCCCCAGAGCUUUUCAGUCAACGUGAAUGGCGAGGCAGCUUCCAAGUAUUUUUCUACUGGGUCUCCCUCGCCUCCUCUUUCACCUCGCUCCCCCGCGCCACUAGAGCCAGCCGCAGUUGAGGCACCUCGCGAGUCUCGUCCCGUGUCCUCAUCGUCGCCAGCUGUUAGUCCACGAUCUUCGCCGCGGGCAUCCCCUUCCUCCAUGUCCUUUCGCUUCCCCUACAACUCCCUGCAGAAUGGAUUCAUGAAGGACCCUCAAUCAUCGCCAGUCAUCCGAGGAGACUUCGAUAUUUCUUACCUGAAGACGGAUCGACCGAUUGAUUCGUAUUCUUCCCCUCUUGUUGCCGAUUGUUCAUACCUUCCCCUCGUCGGUGCUUCGUGA